CACACACACAGACACGUUGGCGCACACAUUUUUCAGUUGACUUCGUUGAAAUAAUUUUCGUAACAACGAUCACACUCGUUUGUGUAUUGCGAAGACGGGAGGACGUCUCGUCGCAGUCCGCAGAGCCUAAACCAGCGUUUUUUUUUAGCGUUGCCUCGUCGUUGUAGGCGGUUGCGUCGCGUCCGCGGUGUAUAAUCUAAAGCAAAACCAAAAAAAAAAAAUAAAAUAAAAUAAAAUUAAAGCACACAAAAUAAUAAGUUAUAAUAGAUAUAUGAAAGUGUGUAUACAUAUAUAUUGCACCUAAUGUAUUGUGUCAUAUACGAGAAAAGUGACUAUGUUGUGUACAUUUUUUUCAUGUUUUCCUCUUCAACUUCACAAUGCCCGAUAAUUAUUAGAAUGCAAAAUGUAUUAAAAAUUGUCAACACGCAAGGAGCACGAAACUAAAUUAAAAGAAAACAGCAAGAAAGCAACAGCAAAGUAAAAGAGAGCAGAGAGAGUGCGCAAGUCGACGAGUGAAAGAGAGAGAGAGCAGUCGCCAUGUCGAGCAGCGACGACGUGCAGAUCACCAGCGUCGUUGACGCCAACGGACAGUCGCUGCCACUGCAUGGCAACAGUUUGGGCGGCGCAUUGGGACCGCCCGUCAAACAAGAGCGACCCGACGAUGCCGAGAUCCGCGAGCUAGCCGCCAAAAUGAAGGAACAACAGAAGCAACAGGCCGCCCAACAAGCGAGUCGGCAAGCGGCCAUGCAGCAUGCCAACGGCGGUGGCGGUGGAAAUGCAGCCAAUGCCGGUGGAGCGAUGCAACCGCCGCUGACCAAUGGCAAUGGACAAACGAAUAUCAUGAGCUAUUUGUCGCGGCAUCAGAAACUACCCAACGGUACAAUGCAAGUGGUGCCAGCGCUAGCAGCCAAUGGUCGUGCCAAUGGCGCUGUUAUCGAUAACAACGGGAGUGAUAACAACGGGAAAGCGCAAAAAGGGAGUGGAGGGCCAUGUGAUGAGGAAUCGAUAAAGGGCCACUUUGGUUGGGCGCAAUUUGGUAAAGUAUCGAUACCCUACAUUUAUCGUCAAUCGGAGAAAUAUUGCUCGGUGCGCAUGAUCGAAUUGAAAUUGCUGGGCAAGUAUCUGAAUUGCCUGCAUCCGGAUAUUUACUCGAGCUGCACAUGCGUGCGCAGCUAUUACAUAACGGAUGCCGAGGCACGCCUCUUCAUCGAGAUCAAUCACAAGCAUUGCGACGGCGAAUUUGGUCGCGACAUUUUCACCCAAAAGGAUUUGGUGGUGCGACUCAGCGAUGCCUCCAAGUUCUAUCAAUUCCUGGACAUUUGCUAUCGCAAGUUGGUUUCAGGCAGCAAGACACCCUCUGAGAAAUGCGGCUUUAUACGCAUCAACAAGGAGUCCGUUGUCCCCUAUACAGUGCGCAACAAUCAGCAGGUUGUGCCGCUGUUUUACUUCGAGGGCGAAACGGAAAACUUGAAGACCAAGGCGGAGCUGCUCAAUGGCUGGGAUUUGGCCUAUUUAAAGUUCUGCUGCAAGGUGCAAGGCAUACGCAACGAGCUUUUCUCCAGCGAAAAUGUUGCUGUCAUCUCUCUGACAGACAUCAAAAGCUAUUUUCCCAAUGGCACCGAAUUCGAGGAUUAUUGGCCCAGUAAAGUGGUCGAUUCCAAUCUGCUGAUUGGCAAUCGAGCCAAUGUCAACAACUCCGUCAACUGGACACGUCAACCAUCGGCGCCGCCGCCAAAGGUGACCAACAGCGUUAAUAGCAAUAGUGGCAGCGCCAGUGGCGGCGGUGGCAGCGCCGUUAAUGCAAGUUCCCAAAAGUCGCAGCAGCAACAACAACAGCAUUCCACUGCCAUCAGCGCUGCUACGCAACAGCAUUUGAUGAAGCAACGUGCUGUGGCCGCUGCCGCUGCCGCUGCGGCAGCCAGUGCCAACGGUGUGACCAACUCGGGCAAUUUUCCAUCGCCCGCUGCAGCAGCGGCCGCCGCGGCGGCGUUCAAUUCGCAGGCAGCAGCCGCUGCGGCGGCGGCAAUGCUGCAACAGUCGCAGGGCAACACACGGAUGCUGACCACGGUGCAGGCCUUAGCCAGCGGAGGCUGGAUGAAUUCAACGAAUAAUGUCUCACAGAUUCAUGCUCAAAUGUUGCAACAAACGCAUGCGAAUGCAAACCGCGUCGGCCCCUAUCGUGAACACUUAAACAACAUGAUGCUAAGUGGCAACAGUCGGCAAGCGUAUACGUACAACAAUCCUGCGAUUUCCAUGUCCUCCGUGAACAGUCACAGUGGGGGCGGCAAUGCGCCGCCGCCGUUGGUUCGUUCAGCGGCCGGGCAGAAUGCCAAUCACAUGUCAAAUGUCGAGCAAUCACUGAUGCAACAACAACAACAGACACAACAGCAACAGCAACAACAACGACAACAACACCAAAAUAACACAUUUAACCAUGCACAACACUCCCCAAACACGCACAGUCCACGUAGCCAUCACGGCCAUGUUCUUGCCAACAAUAACAGCAACAAUAAUAAUUCACAUUCGCGCAACUCUUCCUCCUCCUCCUCCACGUCCUCUGCCAAUCAAGGUGCCUCAGCAGUUGCUGCUGCAGCGGCUGCCGCAGUUGCUGCCAAUAUUGGCAGUCUAUUUAACAGUCCCUUCAACUACAAUUUGCCAUCCACACGUGCCGAUUACACAAAUUUGGCGCUGUGGAAUCAGCUGACGCCCGCCGAACGUUUGCUGUUCACACAACAAAUGAAGGGCGCCGGCAUUGGCAUUGGCAGCUUGGGUGGCAACGCUGGCGGCGGCAGCGCUGGCAUCGGCGGUGUUGCCAACUGUUUGACAGCUGGCGGCAGUAUUGCCAGUGCCCCACAAAAAUCGCACAGCAACUUCCCGCCGUUGCCAUCGCUGCCCUUGGACACGGAUCUGAUUACCAUGUUGGACUACAACAAUCCCAACAAGCAGCAGCAGCAGGCGAGCAAUAAAAGCCAGAAGGCAUCUAGCAGUGGCACCUUCACAAAACCAACUGUGCCGCCCUUGAUACCAGAUGAGCAUCAACAGCAGCAGCAACAGCAACAACAACAACAGCAGCAGCAUCAUCAUCAGUCAAGUGGGAAGCGCCUGCGUGGAGGUGGUGGUGGUGGAAAUGGUGGUGGUGGUGGUAUCACCACCAUACCAUUGAACUCAACACAAGCAUUAGAGGAUUUCGAAAAGAAAUUUAAUAUGACAGACGAGAUGCGUGCCGUCAUACACAAAGUUCUGGCGAAUCCAGAUCUUUCUACGUCAAUACAAACGAAUGCAAAUGCCAACAACAACGGUAGCAAUAAUAGUAGUAGUAAUCAUGCCUCCCAUCAUCCUCCCGUGCCCUCAUACAUCUCGCCGCCCAUGUCGCCGGCAGUUGCUGGCACAAAUGUAGUGACCACAUUGUCGCUGGCAUCCAAUCCCAAUGUGACCAUCACACCUCAAUUGCCAGGCCACUUUCUGCAUUCGCCCUCGAGCUCAUGCUCCAGUUCAAGUGCAUCCACGACGGCUGCAUCGCCGCUGGGCAGCAGCAGUGGCAAUAAUGCUGCUGCUGCUGCUCCAGCUGCGGGCUCACGUCAAAAGAGUGUCAUCUGCUCGACCAAAUCCAAUUCACUGCCAUUGGCGAUACUCUCGCUCUCUAGUGGAGCUGGAGGAGGGGGAGGAGGUGCCACUGGUGGUGGUGGUGGCUCCUCUUCGUCGUCAGGGUCAAGGCAUAAGCAAGUUGCAACAUCAAUUAGUGGUGGUUACGGACGUCAGUCACAACACAGCCAUCAGCAGCAGUUUAUUGGUAGCCACUUGGUGGACACCAGCAUAGGCAGUACAACAAUUACACCCAGCACCACGCCCACUGACGUUAUCGAUUUGUCUUCAUCCCGAAGGUCGUUGGCGGCUUCCGCUUUUCAUCAGCAGCAGCAACAGCAGCACCAUCAGCAGCAGCAGCAACAGGCUGCCGCGGCCGUGCAACAACAGCAGCAGCAGCAUCAACGCAUGUCCGCCGCCUUGGCGCAUGCGCAGCAUCUACAGAAUGGCGGACGGGGCGGUGGUAGCAGCAGCAGUAACAGCGGCGGCGGCUCCGGUUCCAGCGGUGGUGGCAGCGGCUCCUCAUCCGGUGGCAGCUCUAAUGCCAACAGCGCCUCCAUGCAUUUGCAGCGGCAUGCGGCAUUGGCACAUGCAGCGGCCGCAAGUGCAGCGGGUGGUGGGGAGGGUGGGGCACAGCGAUUGUGCGUCAUACCCGAGAUACCGACGAGCAGCAUGAAUCUGACGCCUUACAAGGUACAAAGGGUAUGCGUGGACAAGCACUUGGUGCCCUGCAUCAAUAUGAAGGCUUUCAAUGACUCCGAGCAGCUGAUGACUCUCACCGAAUUCCAAAAGAACUUCUUUCCCACUGUAGCCCUCGAUCACUGCAAGCGACUAAUCGAGGCGCUAGGUGUGGAGCUCUACAAGGCAAAUCGGCGACAGGUGCAAAUACUCAUGGAGUACGAUCGUUCCUACAAUGAGAAUAUGCCACUAGUCCAGGUGCGCGACAUUAUCAAAUAUAUGACACAGUUGACUUUCAUGACACGCCAGUCGGAGCAGCCGCCCUCGAAGCGUACGCGCACGAGCUAGGAAUUAAGCUGGGGAGCACAACAUUUGCCUAAUACUACAACAGCAUCAACUACAUCAACAGCCACAGAAAUCAGCAAUAGUAACAGCAUCACAAAAACAUCAACAGAUACGAAUGCCAACAACAAACAAAAGACGUCUGCAUCUUCUCAUAUGGCACAUUUGGCACCGCCACCAGCACCACAGCAAUAUCUGCAGCAGCAGCAGCAUCUCCACAGCCAUCAUAGUCAUAGUCAGCAGCAGCAACAACAACAGCAGCAGCAGCAGCAACACUAUCAUUCACAGUCAGCACACAACAAUACAUACGAAAUGUUGUACUCCCACAACCAACACCCGCAACACUCUCACCCGCAAUCGCACCUAUUGCAAGAGCUGCAGCCAGCAAGUGCAACAGCAGCAACAGCAACGGCAGCAGCAACAACAGCAGCUGCACGCCAGCAACAUCAACAA